UCCAGAUUCAAGUGCCGCCAAAACCAUUUCCUACGCUUUCUUUGUUCGUCGCGUUCCGUUCUUCUUCUCUGUGUUUUCCGGCGCUAUUCGCGAUUCUUCGCCGGAGUUUUCAAUAGAAUGGCCGUCAAAAGCAAGAUUCUGUUCAUCGGAAGCACCGGCUAUGUUGGCAAGUUCGUGGUGGAGGCGAGCGCUAAGGCUGGGCAUCCGACCUAUGUUCUUCUCCGAGAUUCCACUCUCUCCGUUCCUGCCAAAUCUCAGAUCAUCGCCAAUUUCAGGAGCUUCGGCGUCAAUUUUCUCUCUGGCAAUAUGUACGAUCAUGAGAGUCUGGUUAAGGCGAUAAAACAAGUGGAUGUGGUGAUAUCGACCGUCGGUCACGCUCAGUUAGCCGAUCAAGACAGAAUCGUCUCUGCCAUCGUAGAAGCCGGCAACGUUAAGAGAUUUUUGCCUUCAGAGUAUGGGAAUGAUGUGGAUCGUGUCCAUGGCGUGGCGCCAGCAAAAUCAGCCUUCGCCGCAAAGGCUAAAAUCCGGCGAGCUGUGGAGGCUGCUCAAAUUCCCUUCACCUUUGUCUCCUCCAACUUAUUUUCUGGUUGGUUCCUUCCCAGUUUGGCUCAGCCUGAAGCUUCAUCUCCACCCAGAGAUAAAUUUGUUAUCUUAGGGGAUGGAAAUCCCAAGGCUAUAUUCAACGAGGAACAUGACAUAGGGACGUAUAUUAUGAGAGCUGUGGAUGACCCAAGAACUCUGAACAAAAUCCUCUACGUCAGACCCCCCAAAAACAUCAUCUCUUUCAAAGAUCUUGCGUCCCUUUGGGACAAAAAAAUCGGCAAAACCCUCCAAAAAAUCUAUGUUCCUGAGGAACAAGUGUUGAAGAAUAUCGAAGAGGCUCCAUUUCCACUGAAUAUGAGGCUGUCAAUAUUUUACUCAGUUUUUGUAAAGGGAGAUCAUACCAACUUUGAUAUUGAACCAUCAUUUGGAGUGGAAGCCACAGAGCUGUAUCCGGAUGUUAAUUAUACAACUGUGGAUGAAUUUCUCGAUCGCUUUGUUUAAAAGCACUUUCUGUGGGGCAAAACCAAAAGGUUUUUAUCUGCUCACAUCUAAUCUAAUUCAAUAAGAGCUCCGAUGGUUCUUAAAAUUUUAGAUUUAUUACAAAAUAGUUACUAAAUAAGGUGUAAAUCAGGAGAAUUGAAAGAGAAUGCGUUCAAAUUCUAUGAUGGUCAUCUAUCUCAUAAUUAAUUUUCUA